UUCUUUCAAAUAGUAGUUACAUGACGUGUUUCAACAGUAAUCACAAAAUUCAUCUAGCUGGUUUUAGAGGAACGAUUUUGAACCAUGUUUCAAAGUCCAUAACUUGGUCUCCGUUCACUCUAAAAACAUCAAACUUGAUCACAUGACACAUCUCAACGUGAUCUUUUAUGUGAAGGUGUCAGUUUAUCGAUUGGUUAAUAAACCUCGCCUCAGUUCCUCGAGCAAUCUCGGAAUGGCCUAUUUGCCAACUGUGUGAUCAACUUUUACAGGAACAACUUCAAAACGUUAUCUUGGACGAAUAGCAGUAAACACUCUGUUAUGAUUGUAACUAGCCGUGAUGAUCACACAGUGAUUUUGUGAGAUAUCGACAGAGUGAUAGAAUGAUAGCUUGAUAACUAAAGAAACGUGCUUUAUUUAGAGAACUGGAUAUCUUUGUAUUUACAAGUAUGGUACAGAGAAGCAGUGAUAUUCAACUCAUUUGAUAUGCACAGUGUUUCAGUUGACUGCCUCCCAUUCGAGAGUGACUGGCUUUCAUUUAUAAUUUUCCUGUUUUAUACAGUUCGUCUUAGAAGUUUUCUUAGAGAAACAGAUCUGAUAGUCUCAAAUAUAAACCCAAUUUUUAAAAAGCCAGUCGCUCCAAAAAACUUGUAACAGUUUCCUCAUCUGACUGCGAGACAUUUAGCAGAGAAAAGAAUUUCAAGAUUUUCAUUAAUUUUAACCGCCUCUUUGGAUGACGUAUAUGCAAAUACAAUCGCGUGACAAUUACCGCUUUACACUUGACAAACUUGGUAUUUGUUUGAAGGUUUGCCUCAAUUCAAAGCUUGGUUUUCAUCCCACUCUGAGUAAAUAGCUCUUACCUUCUGCUUAUUUUAAAAUUUGUAUUUUUAGUCUGAGUUACAGUCGGAAUAGAUUACCAUCUAAUAGUUCAUCAGUGGCGGAUCUGGGGGAGGGUCCCUUAUUUUGGGUAAAAAAAAUCGCAGAAGGAUGAAAAGCCGGCAGGGCAAACAACCCCCCCCCCCCUCUUAGGUUGAGGUCUGGAUCCGCCACUGGUUUAUGAAAACGCUUGAAGAUUGCCAACAUAUUCUGUCUUCAUCUCCUGAUUAGAAUAUUGAUUUUAUUAUCUCCUUGGUUUACAAGACGUCUUGUUCCCUAAUCACUCUGCAGUGAAACGAGAACAAAUCAUUUUCAUGCUAGAUAUAAUGAACGCAGACAACAAUCAGGAAUAGGCGUAUCAUUUAUUGAUAGCUACGCGGGCAAAGUACAGGGAUAAUCACUUAACAAAUAAGCGAGGACGCAAAACUACUUACAAGCUCUCAAAUAUCUACAAUAAUAACUUAUAUGAAAAUUGCAGCAAUAGGCAGAGGUAAAGGAUAACAGUGACAGAACAGAAUGGUAGCGAGAGAUGCCGUCAAGUGACCUUGAAACUGCAAAAAGCAUCUUAUGUACCUGACAACUGAAACAUACUAGCAAAAGUAUGGCUCGGUGACACAACAACACAAGUUGACUAGGCUUGUUCAACACAACAACUUUAUUCUCUAAGCAUCUUGGGUAAUACAACAGGUUAACACAACUUCCGGUUACGAAUAUAUUACAACAACAAAUAAUCACGCGCACUUCCGAAAUAACUCACACGACAAAUACCAAUGCAACGCAUCCGUGCUAACGAAGCGUGCAUUCCAAAACGCGAGAAGAUACAUUUGGCGUUUAGCCCUUGCUGCUUUUUGAAGCCAUUAAAACUGAUGAAGCCUAGCAGUAUUCAUUCUCAUCGCAAAUUUUGGUUAUAUUGCAGGAGCAACGUUCGAGUUACAGUUUGGGUUUUCCCGCACACUGACUUCAAGUGGCCUUAUCUAGCAGGGACAAUAACAGCUUGUAAAGUUUACUGGAUACAAUUGAGUGAAGCAAAUUGAUCACAUUAAUACCUGAACAUAAAAAUGUUAAAAGGAAGUAUAGAGAACCACAUGGGAGACCUUGAUAAUGCAAAAGGAUUGGGCGAUAAGGCUGGAGAAGGACGUGCUUGUAGCAAUCUUGGCAACGCCUACCAACAGCAGGGUGAUUUCAAACAAGCCAUGGAUUACCACAAGCAGCAUCUUAACAUUGCAAAAGAACUGGCGGAUAAGGUCGAGGAAGCACGUGCUUACUGCAAUCUUGGUAUUGCUUACAAAAGUCUGGGUGAUUUCAAACAGGCCAUAGAGUGUCACAACCAGCAGCUUAGGAUUGCAGAGGAUCUGGGGUUGAAAAAUGGAGAAGGAUUUGCGUUAUGCAAUCUUGGCAACGCCUACCGGAAUCUGGGUGAUUUUAAACAUGCCAUAGAUUACUACAAGAAAUACCUCAGCAUUGCAAGAGAACUGGGGCAGAGAGAUGGAGAAGGACGUGCUUUCUGCGGUCUUGGCAACGCCUUCCAUGGUCUGGGUGAUUUCAAACAAGCCAUGGAAUACCACAAGGAGCACCUUAGCAUUGCAAAAGAACUAGGGCAGAGAGCUGGAGAAGGACUUGCUUAUGGCAAUCUUGGUGUCAUUUGCGAUAGCAUGGGUGAUUUCAAACAAGCGUUAAAGUACCACAGUCAACAUCGUAGCAUUGCAAAGGAACUGGGGCAGAUACAGGCAGAAGGACGUGCUUGCUGCAAUCUUGGCAACGCUUACCAGGGUCUGGGUGAUUUCCAAGAGGCAAUAGAAUUCCACAGCCAACAUCUUAGCAUUGCAAAGAAACUGCGGCAGAGAGAUGCCGAAGGACGUGCUUAUGGCAAUCUUGGCAACGACUACAUGAAUCUGGGUGAUUUCAAACGGGCCAUAGAUUACCACAAGCAGGCUCUGAGCAUUGCAAAAGAACUGGGGCAGGGAGAUGCAGAAGGACGUGCUUAUUGCAAUCUUGGCAGCGCCUACAGAAAUCUGGGUGACUUCAAACAGGCCAUAGAUUACAACAAGAAAUAUCUGAACAUUGCAAAAGAACGGGGGCAGAAAGCUCAAGAAGGAAAUGCUUAUGGAAAUCUUGGCAACGCCUACAAGAGUCUGGGUGAUUACAAGCAGGCCAUAGAUUACCACAAAAAGCACCUCAGCAUUGCAAAAGAACUGGGGCAAAGAGAUGGAGAAGGUCGUGCUUAUGGCAAUCUUGGCAACGCUUACAACAGCCUGGGUUAUAUUAAACGGGCCAUAGAUUACCACAAGAAAUCCCUUAGCAUUGCAGAAGAACUGGGGCAAAAAGAUAGAGUAGGAAGUGCUUAUGGCAAUCUCGGCAACGCCUACCAGAAUCUGGGUGAGUUCAAAGAGGCCAUAGGUUACCACAAGAAACACCAAACCAUUGCAGAAAAACUGGGGCAGAAAGAUGAACUAGGAGUUGCUUAUUGCAAUCUUGGUAAUGCCUACCUGAUUACAGGUCCUUUAGAAGAGGCUAUAGAGUACUACGAGAAAGAUCUUAAUAUUGCAAAGGAACUAGGGCAGAGAGUUAAAGAAGGACGUACUUAUGGCAAUCUCGGCAACGCUCACCUGCGCCUUGGUAAAAUAAAACAAGCCAUGGACUAUUUCGAGAAACACCUUGGCAUUAGUAAAAAACUGAAAGACAGAGAUGGAGAAGGAAAAGCUUAUGGCAAUCUUGGCACAGCUUACCAGAUUCUGGGUGAUUACAAACAGGCCAUAGAUUACCACAAGCAAUAUCUGAGCAUUGCAAGGGAACUGGGACAGAAAAAGGAAGAAGGGAGUGCAUGCUAUUCUCUAGCUUGUGAUUUCGAAUUAUCGGAUGAGUUGCCUGAAGCACUUAAUUAUUAUCGAUCCAGUGUAAGAGUCUACAAUGAAGUAAGAAGUCUUCUUCAGUCUGAGGAUACGUGGAAAAUAAGCUUCCGUAACGCAUGUCAGCAUUCUUACACUGCCCUGUGGAGUCUUCUACUACGUCUUGAAAUGCCCAAAGAAGCUUUAGGUGUUGCUGAACAAGGACGAGCACAGGCCUUGAUGGAUCUGAUGAAAUUGCAAUAUGGCUCUGAGUCACUGGAAUCUAAAGCAACUACGGCUGACGUAUUGAGUGAGAUUCCCACGCAAACAGUUUUUAUCGCACUGCAAGGUAACAUAGUCAAUUUAUGGCUACUCAUUGGUACAGAUGUUCAUUUUGAGAAAACGAGCAUUGAAGAUGUCACCUCGCUAAUGGAAAAUUCCUUCAAAGAAAUUGGUGUUCGUGUCGAUGUUAAAAGCGAGAAUCGUUCAGCGGAUGAGUCAGAAAGUGACGCACCACUCAAUGAAGAAUCUUGCCAGAAAAUGGUUGAUUGUAAAACCAAUUCUCUCCGCCUCUUGUUCGAUACUGUAAUUGGCCCAAUUGCAUACUUGCUCAAAGGCGACGAAUUAACCAUUGUCCCGGAUGGCCCAUUGUGCUUGGCCCCUUUUGCCGCGUGUGUGGAUGAGGCCGAUAAAUAUCUGAGCGAAUCUACCAGGUUCCGCAUUCUUCCCUCGCUUACAAGUUUAAAAUUGAUCACAAGUUGUCCAGAGGGCUACCAUAGUAAGAAUGGAGUGCUUCUUGUGGGAGAUCCAUGUUUGAAGAGAGCCAGGCAAAAGCAUCGCGAGUUAGACCCUUUGCCAGGGGCCAGGAUGGAAGUACAGAUGAUAGGCGAGAUUCUUAACACCAAGCCUCUUACGGGAGAAGAAGCAACUAAAGAUGAGGUGCUUAAACAGCUAGGCUCAGUUGCCUUGGUACACAUUGCAGCUCAUGGUGACGUGAAAGCUGGCGAAAUUUUGUUGGCCCCAAAUCAGACAUCCAAGACCCCCAAGGAGAAAGACUACAUGUUAAGAAUGUCAGAUGUACAAGCUGUUCAGCUGCGAGCGAGACUUGUUGUACUCAGUUGUUGUCACAGUGGUCGAGGGAGGAUUACACCUGAGGGUGUGGUCGGUAUUGGCAGGGCUUUCCUGGGCGCUGGUGCUCGUUCGGUGCUGGUGUCACUCUGGGCAGUUAAUGACGAAGCCACUAUGGAGUUUAUGAAAAGCUUUUACGAACAUUUGGCUCGCGGGCGUAGUGCUAGUGUGGCUCUAAACUGGGCUAUGAAAUGUCUCCGAGAGUCAGAGAAGUUUUGUGCCGUGAAGCUCUGGGCUCCGUUUGUCCUCAUCGGUGAUGACGUCACGAUCGAAUUCGGACAAAAUCAAUAAGAACAUUGAGUGUACCUUUUACUUUCAGUUGACUUUAGUUUGAUUAUUUGAUGAUUUGGAUAAAGGUUUGCAUUGGAAGAGACGUAACUUUGCCAGAGAGAUUUGCGUCCAAUAUCUUCUUAGCAAAGGCGGAUAUGUCACCUGAGCCUGCGCGCCAGAAAAGUUUACAUUUGGCUAUCACCCGCUUGUCCGGUAAACUGCUCUCACCAAAUUACCCACCGUGGAACUUAAUUCAGAGGGUAGAUGUUGCAAUCAUUUGACCUCGCAGGGACAACAUCGGGACCAUCGCAAAGAGAAACUGUGUGAACCAAACUUGACAAUACCGCCUUGUCAACUGAUCAUUUAGUGGUAAAGCAACAGAUUGGAAAAAGAGAGCGGGGACUGAAGAGACAACGUGAAACAUGACCAAGAUGAAAUGACUUCCUCCCCGCGAGUGACUGUUCAAUUGAUAUUGACACAUUCAAACAACAUUCAGUCAGUGUAGUUGGCACAUUAGUGUUUACUGUGUUCGUACAUGGAUUCUAAAGUCGGUUAACAUCGAUUAGGUUUAGUUCAACUCUUAAGUGGAGAUGUUUUGUGGAACUUCCACCUGCAUGUGUGGAGUGCAUUCGAAUAUGCAUUUACUGUUUUAGCUUACAUUUGAAACAUACUUUGCCUUCGUGACAUCGCGGAAAAGCAAGGAGAACUUAUUUCAUCGCGUAUUAAACGUUACAUUAUAGUAACGGAUUUAUUUGUUUCAGUUUCCGCUUGUAGUUUAGAGCUUUUUGUUGUAUUUGUAUUUUAGGAGCUAAAUUGUGUGUUCCCGUUGUCGAAUUUUCCAUAAUAGUUUAGCCAUUGAACAGGCCAGGCUCCCGAUUGGUUUAUAGGACGAGAAAAAGAAAAUGGCUAACGGAGAGCAGUCUGGAGAGGAAAAAAAGUACACCGGCCACGCUCGGCUGGCUUCACUCGCCCACCCUCGACUAGCUUCGUAUGCCCAAUUCUUUUGGCGCCUGCCGAAAUUUUUCGACCUAUACAUGUUUGAUCACCGUCCAAUCAAACAAAAUGUUUUACAAUGAUUGAUCAAAUGUUUGUCGUCUUUCAAAUUUUAUCAAAGAAGGCCAAACACGAUCAAACAAGAUGUCCAAACGGGAAAAUGCUUUAGUUGCCAAACAAUGAUUGAUCGCCAAACAUUUAAGGCUUCAUUUUUAUGGGAAUAGAGUUCUUUCGAUAGAAAACUGUUAGAGUUUGCAAGUAUGAUAUUAUGUUAAUCAGUCAUAGUUAUAGUUCAACGAAAAAUGUGAUUACAAUCGUGUAUGUUCUAAAGAAGGGUCAUAUUAAAACUCUAACUUGUAUUGUUUCAAA